GGAGUGGGGAAGUGGCUCUGUGGUGCCGCCUCUAAACGCGCAGAAGUCAACCCCCUUUCUACACGGAACGCUAGGCCUCCGACCGCCAUGGAUGGGCAGCAAGGGCAACAAAGCCACGCAACGUUCGCACUCGCCCAAGCUCACUUCAAGAAGGGCGACUACGCGGAAGCCGAAGCGCUGUAUUCCGCUUACAUUCGCCAGUACGCCUGUGCAGGCUCCGUGGGAGCGGCGCCCGGGAGCAAAUACAGCCCUGAGGAUUUGGCUACUGCAUUUAAUAACCGGGGGCAAAUCAAGUACUACAGGGUUGAUUUUUAUGAAGCCAUGGAUGACUACACAUCUGCCAUACAAGUCCAACCCACUUUUGAAGUUCCCUAUUACAACAGAGGGUUGAUAUUGUAUAGGCUGGGGUACUUUGAUGAUGCUUUGGAAGAUUUCAAGAAGGUAUUAGACUUAAAUCCAGGAUUUAAAGAUGCUACUUUGAGCUUAAAACAGACUAUUCUAGACAAAGAAGAAAAACAAAGAAGAAAUUAUUGA